UCUGAAAAACACACAUUUAAAAGGUGUACACUUUUGUAUAAAUUUAAUGUGAGAAAAAUAAGGAAGUUCACAAGUUCUGAAAGACAAAUACAUCUAAAAUGUCCCAAAGUGAGAGAAUCGCGUCAAAAGAUGUUUUAUAUAGGGAGGGGUGAGGGAAACACAAAACACUAGUGCCCAGUGUUCGGAGGAACACAUAACUCGGGGGAACACAAAUCCCUGUGACCGAGAAACGAUAGUGCUGACCAAGAGGAACGUGGGCUCUGUGUACGAUUGAUUGUCGAUAGUGUUUGGGCUGCCUGUGGUCUGAGUCACGAGAAUCAAUCCAAUAUGGCGGCUCUCCCAUCACUUCCGUCUCUCUGUCGUCUGACUUUCUUAUUGAGUUUUUCCUGUCUUUCCCUGACAUCAGCAGCAAAAACAUGUAAAAAGUUAGACACUUGUAGCUGCAAAAUGGAUGACGGUUCAGGGAUUAUAAGUCUGCAGGAUUUAGAUCACAAGGACGGGACACCAAGUUUUACAGGAAUCAAAGAUACAGUGAAUAAAGACUACAAAUUUGACUGGAACCCUUGUACUCCUCUUAAGGCUGCAGGACCAUGUAAAGGCAGCAAUGCUUGUCAGCGUACACCAGAUCUGUUUCCUGUUGGAAAGCCUGAUACAACUUUCUCUGUCAAUCCUGAUGGUACGGUACUGAUGACCUAUGAAAAAGUGACUUAU